ACAGUUGUUUUUUACGAAAAAAAAGAAUGAAAAUAGGUAGUGAAAAAAGAGAGUAACGUUCAAUAGUUCCGGCUGUCAGACGCACCCUACUAGACGCUUCCAACUCCACGUUUCAAGUCCCAAAAGGCGAUCCGCAUUUGGAACCCGCCUCAUCUCCCCGGGAAAGCGAUCGUGAUUCUUCGCUUAACCACGAGAAAGACUUCACUUCCUCUAUCAGUCAUUUACGCAAACACCUUCACCGCAAUAUAAAUUCAAAAUCCCAAUUACUCAAAAAAGGGUAAACUGGCAGCAUGCUGCGAAGGUCAAUUUUGGAAUUAUCGCGUCGCCGAGGGUCUCCUCGGAGAAUACCAAGGCAGAUUAUAUCCCAGCGUUCAUCACCAUUUAUUUAUUCGAGAGAGGAAUUUUCGACCUCACCUGGAAAAAAUGCUACUCCAAAACCUGGUUCAGCCGGAGGUCCACCUGAAUCGAAGAGUGGGUUCUCAAAAGUCGUCAUCGGAAGUGCUGUUAUUGGUGGUGCUGUCUUGGUUGCGUACCAAGCUGGAUACUUAGAUCAAUAUCUUGGCGAAGGCCCCAAGGUUUCUUUUGAUUCGACGAAGAUUGGUCUUGAUGAGAAAAAUGAAAAGGAUAUCCAAGUUGUUUCUUCCCAUAAUGAAGAAAUAAACAAAUUGACUCCUUAUGAGGACUUGCUGGAGCAAAAGGUUGCAACUUCUAUCGAUCUUCCUCCUCAGCAUGAAAUUUCGAGUGAAACCCAAGGUGAAAACAAGUCUAAUGUGGAAGAUAAGUCGAAUGAGACACUUGGAGAAAGCACAACACCUGUACCGGAAAAGGCAUUAUCAGAAUAUUCUCAGAGCAGCUUGCCAUCUGCUGAUCACAGUGUAGAUGUUGCUGUAUCAGCUGAGGGGAAUCUUGAAAAGGUUGAGUCUGAAACUGCAACAGUACGAAGCAAGGAAAUUCAAGAUAUUCCAUUGGAUACCCAAUCAGGUGCAUCCCUUGGAGAAAAGGAGACAAAAAGUGUGCCAUCUUCCCCUACCACCGACAGACCACAGGAUGAACCAAGCAAAGGUGCAGAAGUGCCUAUUUUAGCCCCUGAACAAAGCCAAAUAAAAAAUUUGCCAUCUCUGCAUCCCACUACAGCAGACGUACAACAGGAUGAAACAAGAAAAGGAGUAGAAGCACCUAGUUUAGCCCCUGAAGAAAGCCAAAUAAAAACUGUGUCAUCUCUGCAUCCCACUACAUCAGACAUACAACAGGAUAAACCAAGUAAAGAUAUAGAAGCUCUAAGUUCUCUUCUUGAUGCCUAUCACCUUAGGGAAAAGGCAGAUGAAAGCUUUUUAACUUCUCUAAACAUAAAAUAUGAGCAGCUUUCUAAAGAAACAGAGGCUUUUGGUUCAGCAAUUGAUGAACCGAAUGUGGGAUAUUUAUUGAAGGAUGGAAAACUAGUUCUUGAUUUCCUACAAACCAUUCAUGCUGCUGAAAAGCGGCAAGCUGAGUUGGAUGCACAUGCUUUUAUUGAAGAAAAACGAGCAUUGAAGGAGAAAUAUGAAAAGGAAUUAAGGGAUUCAAGAGCCAGGGAACUGAUGCGUACAGAAGAGGCAGCCAUUUUGGAUAAGGAAUUAAAGAGAGAAAGAACAAAAGCAGCAGCUGCUAUAAAAUUGCUUAAAGAAAAAUUGGAAGAGAAACAUAGGAUGGAACUUGAAGAAAAGGAAAGAGAAGCUGAACUGAAGUUGCAAAAGGCUCAGGAGUUAGGAAAAGCAGAACUGGCUGCAGCAAUUGCAAAUGAGAAAGCAACACAGAUCGAAAAAAUGGCUGAAGCAAAUCUCCAUAUAAAUGCCUUAUGUAUGGCAUUUUAUGCACGAUCUGAAGAGGCACGCAAGAGUCAUUCUGUUCACAAGCUCGCUUUGGGAGCACUUGCACUAGAAGAUGCACUUUCUGAAGGAUUACCAAUCCAGAAAGAAAUAGAUGCUCUGCAUAACUACCUUGAAGGCAUUGAGAAGGAUUCAGUAUUAGAUUUGGUCCUUUCAUCUCUUCCAGAAGAAACUCGGUACCGUGGAACAGACACUUUACUAGAGUUGAAUCAAAAGUUUAAUGGCUUGAAAGAGACCCUAAGGCACUUCACUCUAAUUCCACUCGGUGGUGGUGGCAUCUUGACACAUUCUUUAGCACAUAUUGCAACCUGGUUGAAGGUGAAAGAAGUUGACCAAUCUGGUGAAGGGAUUGAGUCUUUAAUCAGUAGAGUUGAUAAUUACUUGGCUGAAGGAAAGCUAGCCGAAGCAGCAGCCACCCUUGAGCAAGGUGUCAAAGGUAGUCAAGCGGAAGAGAUAGUUGGUGAUUGGGUGAAACGAGUAAGGAAUAGGGCCAUUGCAGAGCAAGCUUUAACUGUACUUCAAUCAUAUGCUACUUGCAUCAGUCUUACCUAGAGUCCCGAAUAUGUCGCUCAAACAUUGCCUUGGUAUGGAACUCACGAACCUCAUUGAAUUAGUGGUUAAGCCAAGAAAUUUUCUCGCUUUCCUAGUCAAUAUAUACAGCAAGCAGAACAGUCUUUUUGCUUGCGGGCAACCUAUAUAACAAAAAGGUUAUGCAAAACUUCUUGAUGCAUUUUUUCUCUAGAUUGUGUAGAUUGUCCUCGAUCCUCUAAAUAAAAAUUUUGUUUUUCUUCAGUGGAAAGGUCCAUAUUUCCUCAAUUUAGGCCUUCAUGUUGGAACAAACAUUCCAUUUUUGCAAACGACAUUGUUAAUAUAGAGCGAAUUUGUUGAUAUGUUUUGAGGAUUGUAAUUUGUAUGUUUGAUGUAUCGUUAUCUUGAACAUUUUUUUCUCGACUUC